CACCACCACCACCGCAGCAGCAGCAGCAGCAUCCAACAGUGCGCUGAUGGCUGGUUUCAGCGUUGGUCGCAUUGGUCAGCAGCAGCAGCAGCAGCAUGAGCAACAUGAGGACCGCCGCCACUUCACACGGCACUCGCCAGCGCCUGCUGGAUCAUCUCCCGCCAGCCAUCCUAGUGUCAAUAUCCGCAAUGCACACUCUGCAUCGCGAUGUGGUCAUCUUGUUCCGAGCGUCGUCGUCCAAAUGCGGCGGAUGUCCACCAGGGCUCACUCCUCCUCCUCAUCCGCCUCAUCUGCACCAAUGGCUUACACUGCCGUCGAGUCUGGCUCGCCUUACAGCGACAAGUACCGCGUCUUCAUCAAGAAUGCUGAAGGCAAGGUCAUCUCGCCCUUCCACGACAUUCCCCUUUAUGCCAACGCUGAGAAGACCAUCCUCAACGUCAUCAUCGAGGUUCCCCGCUGGUCCAACGCCAAGAUGGAGAUCGACACCAAAUCGCCCCUCAACCCCAUCAAGCAGGACGUCAAGAACGGCAAGCUCCGCUUUGUCAAGAACUGCUUCCCCCACCACGGCUACAUCUGGAACUAUGGUGCCUUCCCCCAGACCUGGGAAGACCCCCACCAUGUCACCCCCGAGACUGGUGCCAAGGGCGACAACGACCCGCUGGACGUGUGCGAGAUUGGCGAGGCUGUCGCCACCCGCGGCCAGGUCAAGCAGGUCAAGGUCCUCGGCAUUAUGGCUCUGCUCGAUGAGGGCGAGACCGACUGGAAGAUUCUUGCCAUCGACGUGAACGACCCCCUGGCCGAGAAGCUCAACGACGUUGAGGAUAUUGAGAAGCACAUGCCCAAAUUCAUUGAGGCCACCAACAACUGGUUCAAGAUCUACAAGAUCCCGGACGGCAAGCCCGCCAACCAGUUUGCCUUCGAAGGCAAGGCCAAAAACAGCGCAUAUGCCCACAAGAUUAUCGAGGAGACCCAUGGUUUCUGGAACAAGCUCGUCAACAAGACUGCUGACGGCGGUGCUCUGUCGUGCGUUAACACUACCGUUGCCGGCUCCCCCUUCACCGUUUCUGAGGCUGAGGCUGAGAAGAUUUUCGCUGCCCAGCCCGCAGCUGGCCCCGCCAACGCUCUCCCUGAGGGUGUCGACAAGUGGUACUACCCCAACGCUUGAAUUGUGGUAUCCCGGUUGUGACGUUCAUAUUUGCCGUUCCUUUUUGUAUUACGUUCAUUCAUUACAUGCUUUCUUUUGCAGCGCGAGUUCGUGAAGCA